AUGAUGGACAGCAGUGGCGAGCAGCUGGUGGGUGGGGAGGACGAGGCAGCCUGCACGUCGGCGUCGGACGGUCUGGAAGAGGGGGAGGUGGAGGGCGAGACGCUGCUGAUUGUUGAGUCGGAGGACCAGGGCUCUGUGGACCUGUCACAUGACCAGAGCGGCGACUCCCUGACCAGUGACGUGGGUGAGGACACCGACGGGGGGUGGGCCUGCGAGGACAUGUCCUUCUACUGCGACCGCUGCCACAAGUGGAUCCCCGCAGCUCAGCUCCGCGGCGAGCAGCCGAGCUACCUGAAGGGAGACAACUUCUUCAAAUUCGUCUGCUCCGACUGCUCUGAAGAUGGCAAGGAGAGCUUCGAGAGGAUGAGGCUCACCUGGCAGCAGGUGGUGAUGUUGGCCAUGUACAACCUGUCUCUGGAGGGGACGGGCCGGCAGGGCUAUUUCAGGUGGAAGGAGGACAUCUGCGCUUUCAUUGGUCGACACUGGAACUUCCUGCUGGGCUCGAGGAAGAAGACGUCCACCUGGUGGAGCACGGUAGCGGGCUGCCUGUCGGUCGGAAGCCCCGCCUUCUUCCGCUCCGGAGCGCAGGAGUUCGGUGAGCCUGGCUGGUGGAAGCUGGUCCACAACCGACCUCCGACCCUGCGACCAGAAGUGGACAAAUCCGUGACAAAGACUAAAGCGUCCAAACCCGUGCUGGACCCGAUUAUCACCGUGGAGGGUCUGCGCAAACGCGGGGCGCGGAACCCCGUGGAGAACGCCAUGCAGCUGAAGGAGAAACGCUCGCGCACUCAGGAGGCCAAAGACAUCCGGCGGGCCCAGAAGGAGGCGGCGGGCGGAUACACGGACCGUAGUGCCGCCUCCACGCCCGUCAAACUAGGUGGAGGCCGUGGUGCAGGUGGUGGGCGGCGCCCAGAUCUGGUCCUGGAGAAGGGCGAGGUCAUUGACUUCUCUUCGCUCAGCUCCUCAGACAGAACGCCACUCACCAGCCCGACGCCAUCGCCUUCACCUGACUUUUCUGCCCCGGGAACGCCAGCCUCGCAUUCGGCGACGCCCAGCCUGCUGUCGGAGGCAGACCUUAUCCCUGACGCCAUGCCGCCACAGGCGUUGUUCCACGAUGAUGAGGAGAUGGAGGCGGAGGGGAUGAUCGACCCGGGAACCGAAUACAUCCCGCCUGCCAGUGCCAACCUGGGCACCCGCAAGAAGCUCCGCCCACCACCACCUCACAUCAAGCGUGAAGCAGAGAGCGAGGAAGACGAAGGCCGCGAGCAGGAGGACGACUUUGAAGAACCCGUAGGACGAAGUGAAGACGCCCCGCUGUCCGCAGGCGGCGGUGGCGGAGGACCUGAGCGCAGAAGGACGACUCAUCCGGUGAGCACUGACGGCGCUGCCGGCAACGCCCAGAGCCCUCGCUACGCCGCUCUCAGUCUGUACGAGGAGAGGAUGCUGCUGCGACGGCUGGACGCUUGCCCGCUCGCGUUGGCCGUCACGCCGCAGGCUAAACGCCUCCACAGGAAGUUGCUGGUUCGCCAGGUAAAACGACAGAGGAGGCACCCCCUGCUGGACAUCGACCGAGUGGUCAGCGCCACCCUCAGCCUGGUGGGAGGGAUCUAUGGCGCCCAGGAGGCGGGAGCACAGAUCGGCGGCGGUGUGAAAGGGAAGUACUGUACCAGCAGCCAGGAGCUGCGGAUUCUCGAUCGCUUCCAGACCGGCGUCUCCGGCAGACGAGGCGUCCAGCAGCCGUCCGUGUCCUUCUGGCAUCGUCUGAUGGGAGCUGAAGGAAGCCUGGAGCAGACCAUCAGGAGCCCGUACACCUCCCGCCUCCUCAAACCGUACAUCAGGCGGGACUACGAGAGCCGUCCGCCGAAGCUCCGGCUGCUGGCCGAGAUCCGAGCGUACCCGCAGAGGAAGGAGCCGGGCUGGGCACCUGAACCCGACGCUCCCAUCGACUACUGCUACGUCCGUCCAAACCACAUCCCCUCCGUCAACGCCAUGUGUCACGACAGCUUCUGGCCAGGUGUGGAUCUAUCCGAGUGCCUGCAGUACCCUGACUUCAGCGUGGUCGUCCUUUACAAGAAGGUGGUGGUGGGCUUCGGCUUCAUGGUGCCGGAUGUGAAGUACAACGAGGCCUACAUCUCCUUCCUGCUCGUCCACCCCGAGUGGAGGCGGGCCGGCAUCGGGACCUUCAUGAUUUACCACCUGAUCCAGACGUGUAUGGGGAAGGAUGUGACGCUGCACGUGUCGGCCAGCAACCCCGCCAUGCUGCUGUACCAGAAGUUCGGUUUCAAGGCCGAGGAGUACAUCCUGGACUUCUAUGAUAAAUAUUACCCCGUGGACAGCGCCGAGUGCCGCCACGCCUUCUUCCUGCGACUGCGGCGCUAAGCCCCGUCACCAGCUGACCUGCACCUGAGGCAGGUGUGCAGCUGUCGGUGCUGUGAGGAACAUCUGGGACUGUGUGUGUGCUGCUGUUUGUGUUUCUGAGGUAUUAAAACCAAAGUGCUGAAGCUC